AUGGCUUUUUCUUUAAGUCCUCUUUUCAUUUGUAAAGCUCUUUGUAAAACCUCUUUAUCAUAUACAGGAUUGAAGUUAUCCCUAUUAAGUACAUCUGUGUACUUAACAUCAAUUGGAAGACAGUGUUAUUCAAUAAUUGUUCCAGAGAUAAAUAGUACCUCAACUAAAACAACUUUAAAUGCGUUUUAUGAAUUUUCAGAUUCAAUAUUUGUCCCAGAGAUAAAUAGUACAUCAACUAAAACAACUUUAAAUGCUUUUUAUGAUGAAUUUUCAGUAUCUAUUGUUAUCUUAUCAAAUGGAAAUUCAGCAACAUCUGUCUUAUCUAUGUUUGAUGAAUAUAAUAAUAAUCAUAUUUUUGGAUUUAUUGUUAUUGACCAACUUUUGGGCUUUAUAGUAUAUAAUAAUGAAAUUGAUUAUCAUAUUGAUGUAGCAGCUAAUCCAUGGAUUUCAAUUGUACUUUCUCAAAAUUUCAUAAGCCAUACCAAUAAUUAUAACAUAACUAUUUUUGUUAAUGGAACUCUUCAAUAUUCUAAUCAAAUUACUAAACCAAUGGUAUUCACUAAUGUUUCUUUGUAUACUUUUCCUAAUUGUGCAUAUGAUGUAACUUGUAAUUAUGGAUCAAUUAAGAAUUUAUCAAUUUACAGUAAAACACAAGUUUUUUGGUCACAAUGGAGUGAGUGGUCACAAAGCAACAUAUGCUUUACUCGAACUCGCUAUUGUAGCAAUAAUAAAUGGUUAAAUUGCACAGGAGUUAGUAGAGAGUUUCAAUCAUGCAAUAAUCAAGCUAUAUGGUCACUAUGGAGUGAGUGGUCAAAUUGUAAUGACUCUGGUCUAAUGCAAAGAACUCGCAUUUGUAACAAUAAUGAUUGGCUAAAUUGCUUCGGAAAUAGUACUGAUGUUAUAUCAUGCAGUAAUCAAGCAUUUUGGUCUCAAUGGAGUGAAUGGUCUUGUUGCAAUGCAUCAGGUGUUACAACGAGAUCUCGAAAUUGCAUUAAUAAUCUGUUAUUUGUUUGUUUUGGAAACAAUACUGAUAUACAAACUUGUAUUUCAUUUAUAGGUGUUGAAAUUAAAGCUAUGAAGAAUCAAAAACAGUAUGACCCAUAUUACACAACUAUAAGCAUAUUCUAUUGCAACACUGUACAAUUGAUACUUAGUUUUGGUGAUGGGACAACAGUUAUAAAUAUAAAAAACAUCAACGCUUCUACUGCAGAAGGUUAUAUUUACACUACCAUUCAUAGUUAUUCUAUGUGCCAACAGUUUACAAUCACAGCCGAUAUUUUCGAAAAUGCUGGAAAUACCACCUCUGCCUUAUUCACUAGUUCUACAAAUGUAACAGUUUUUUGUUUACUCUCCCCUUUAAAAGUCAUCAAAACACCCCCUGAUUCUCUUGGUGGGUAUGUUCAAUUAUCUUUAAACAAGAAUAUAACAUUAAGCAUCUAUCAAGAGACCGGCUCAAAUAUGAUAUAUUUAAUUGAUUGGGGAGAUGGUAAAUUUUCUUUUAAAAUGCAGAUUUUAAACUUGAAACCAGUUUCAUUUCAAGUGCAACAUAUGUAUCAAAGUAUCAACAAUUACACUAUAAUUGUUACAUGCAGGAAUUCUUUACAGACCCUUACUCCUACAAUUAUUCAGGUUCAGGUAACAAAUUGUUCUAUGCCUGAAGUAUAUUUUUACUAUGGAACUAUUUACAACCCGAUGAUCAUCAUUAGAAAUGUUGGCAGAAAUUUAACAGCUUUUGUUGAUAGUGUUAGUUCAUUUUGUAAAAAAGAAACAUUUACUUUUGAAUGGAAACUUGCUAGUUCUGUUUCUAAAUCCAAAGUAAAUCAACAAAAAGGCAUGCUUUCUCAGCAAAAUGUUGCCUAUUCAAUUGCCAAAAACUCACUAGAUUAUGGUGUUUACAUAUUGUCCUUGCAAUGUGUUUAUGGUAAUGCUUCAGCUGUUUAUACCUCAUACUUGAAUGUUACAUAUUCACCUCUUUAUGUGGAAAUUGAUAAUGGUUUGUUUGUAUCUGUUGCAUAUAAAAAGAAGGUUGGAAAUGAAAGUUUUUAUCAAAACUUCAAAGUAAGUGCAAUGUCUAGUUAUGAUCCAGAUGAUCCAACAGUUGGGACUCAAAAUAUAACUUUUAGAUGGAGAUGCAAAAUUGCUAUGAAUUUUUCUGACGCUAAAGUAGCUAUGGAGAACUUUACACUUUUAAAUCUCACAUUCUCAAGUGAUACUUGUUUUAAUGAAUCCUGGGUAGAUAUUCCUUCAACUUUUUCAGAAAUAGUUUUUAGUACACACCAGUUUUUAGAAGAAAUUAGUUAUCAUAUUGAAGUUUGUGGAGUAAAAUAUGCAGGAAAAGAUGUAUAUUCAAAUGACUACUACAAGACAAGUUGUUAUGUUCAAGAAGUUUUGAUUUCAGGUAGUUUUCCAACUGUUACAUUAAGGUGCAUAUCUAACUGCGAUACUAAACUGAAUUUUAAAGAACGCACAAUAUAUUCAUUUGACUGUGAAGAUUGUGGCAAUCGAAGAUUAGAGGCAAAUUGGACUAUAGAAGAUGAUAAAGGAAAUUUUCCAGAAGAACUUUCUGUUCAAAAUGCUACUUCUACAGGGUUUUUAAUCCCCAGUCUUGUAAUUAAUAAAGAUAUUCUUCUUGAAUCAAAAAACUACACAUUUAACUUGAUGGUUGGCUACGUGAAUUCUGUCAAAAAAGUUAAAUUAAAGAUUAAAAAGUCAACUUGUUCUCAGCCUACUCCAGGAUAUUGCAUUAUCAACCCAACAGAAGGGAUUGCCCUUGAAACAAAGUUUAUACUUAUUUGUGAUGGAUGGAGAGAUUCUGAUGGAUUGCUUCGUUACGCUUUUUAUUAUGAUAAUGGUCAGUCACAGCAAUUAAAACUUAGUAGUGUAACCUCAAUAGACUAUCCCAUGUUAAAUCCAAGUACUACUGACCAACCAAGUUUAAUAAACUUUGUAAUGGGUCCAGGUGAUGAGAACAACGAUUUCAAAAUCAGAAUUAUUAUAAAAGUGAUUGGAAAGUACCAAGCAUACACGGAAAAUUAUCUAUAUAUCAAGGUUUACCCAAAUAAUAAAACAUUGAAUUUCAAAAACUUGGUAGCUAACAUCAGUCUUAAUGAUACACAAAGUAUUGCUAAUCUUGUUCAAGCAGUUAGCAAUAAUAUAAACAAAAACUUUGCAAAUCAAUAUAAUAUCACUGCGUUGUCUGCUAAUGAAUUAUUUGGUAUUGUUGAUGAAGAUAUUUUGAAACAACAAAAGCAGCAAGAAUUGUCUAGUUUACAAGAAUUACGCACACAGUUAAUUGAUUUAAUGAGCAAUUUGUUGCUUGACGACUUAAAUUCUUUUAAAUCAAUAAGUGAUGCUUUAGUUGUUACAACACAAAACCCAUUAGAGAUUGUUCCUCAGGCUCAGAAUCAAGCAGCAUCUAUAGUAGAUAAACUAGCUAAAUUAUUCACCAAAAAACAUCUGAAAGGUUUUGGUGCAGAAAAAUUUGAGACUAUGUCCCAGUCAUUUGUAAAUUCACUCUCUAACUUGCUGCAACUUACUCCUUCGAUACCGUCAUUAAAUUACUUGCAACAAAAUGAAAAAAUAGUGUCACAAUUAAUAAAAUCAAUGGAAAACUAUUUAAUAGCAGUACAAUCAUACAAAGUUCCAGGUGAAAAUAUAACAGUUGGCGAAACAAAGCAGUUUGAUUUUUUGUUAAAAAAAGAUAUUUUUAUUGGUUUAAAUAACAGUUUUAUUGGUUCAUCUGAUGGUGGAUUUUCUUUACCAGAUUCUAAGGAAUUGUUUAAUGAGUCUUUAAAAAAUUCACAAAUUUCAAUUCAUAAUGUAAGAAUGAAAGAUGUUGUUCAAACAUGGGAUACUGAUCGAUCUCAAAACAUUCGCACAGAAACUCAAACUCUUUUUUUUUCUGAUUCUAAUGGUCAUCCAAUAAAAGUAAGUAACAGCUCUCAACCAAUAAACAUUUCAAUAAGAAAUAAACCUGAAACAAUGAAUGGGGAAAAUAUAUCUUUAUCUAUGCCUAACGAUGCAUACCAUGUCAGCCUUUCAAUCGCAUCAGGCUGUAAGAUGCUUUUAAAAUUCAUUUUCAAAAAUGAUGAAAAUAAUUUAACAAAUCUUAUUGUUUAUAUUCAAUAUGGAAAAGUAGCAACAAAACUUGAUUAUGACAUUAUGCUCAACAUUUCUGUCAAACAGGGUGUUGUCAUAACAAAAAAUAACCAUUUAACCGAUACAGCAAUAUUGAACAUUAGCAAAACAAUAACUAAAGAUUCUAAUAGAGCUUUACAAAGAAAUCAAGAUGUUUUGCUUCUUGCUGAUGGUGCAAUAAUGUUAUGGAAUUUUGACAAUUCAACAUACUCAUUGUUAAAUAAAAGUGAACUACAUUUUAUGUUUUUGUAUUCUGGUGCAAUGCCAGCUAAAAAGUUAGUUACAAACAUAUAUAAUUUUGAUGAGACAGAGUAUUUUGGGAAGUUUGAUUAUGAAAUGAAAUCAUUUUGUGUUGAAUGCAGUUACUGGAAUGAAGAUGCAAACAAAUGGAUGUCAGAUGGAUGUCAGCUUGAUGUUGAUCACACAAGUUUUUUAAUGACCAAAUGUAAAUGCAAUCAUUUGACAACUUUUGGCGGAUUUUUUGUUGCUCCCAAUCGUUUACCUACACUUUCUAUAUCAAAAAUAAAAAAAGGAUAUGUAUUACUUAUAACAGUUAUAACAGUAAUUUCAUUAUGGUUGCUUGGACUGUUAAUCACAAGAAGAUUAGAUAGACAAGAUAUCUCGAAGGUUGGUGUUUGUCCACUUGCUGAUAAUCGGGAUGAAGAUACUUACUUGUAUCAAAUCAUUGUAAAUACUGGUUCUCGGAAAAAUGCUGGCACCAAAUCAAACAUCUUUUUUAAUGUUGCAAGAAUAAUGCUUUGGAGGUUCAAGUUAACAGGAUUUUUGGGCGAAUUAAAUGAUAGUGGAGUAAGACAUUUAAAAGAUCCAGAAAGAGUAUGUUUUCAAAGAUCAAGCUGUGACAUGUUUAUUAUGGCUACUCAGAGUACUAUUGGUGAUUUAGAUUUUAUUCAGUUGUGGCAUGAUAAUAGUGGUGGAGGUUGGUAUGUAAAAAAUGUUAUAAUCAUUGACCUUCAAACUGAGAAAAGGUUUGUGUUCAUUGGCAAUUUCUGGAUUGCUGUGGAUCGUGGCUUGUGUAAGUUAGACUGUGUUAUACCAGUAGCAUCAUUUGAAGAAUCAAAUAAUUCUCUUUUUGUUUUUAAAAAUAAAGCACAGCAUAAAUUGCAUAAUGAGCAUUUAUGGUUUUCAAUCUUUUUUCGUUCCCCUAAAAGUAACUUUACUAGAUGUCAAAGGUUAUCUGUUGCAGUAUCUUUAAUUAUGACUUCCAUGAUGGUUAGCACAAUGUUUUAUCACAGUGUUUCUCAAGCAGAUCCAGCUGUAGAAAAUAAAAUUGGCAACUUCAUUAUUAAUUGGACACAGGUUUUUGUGGUAUUAAUUUCCACUUGCAUUAAGUUUCCAGUAAAUUUUAUACUUGUGAAGUUAUUUUGUUCAAUAAGAAAAUUUCCAAGAAACAAUUCACAUAAUUGCUUAACUUGUGAUACAAACAAUGUUGUUCGAAAAGAGUCAUAUGCUUGUGUACAUCUCCUAGAAAACAAUGAUUCACACCCAAACAAAAAAAAACUGUUAAUUUCUAUUGAAAAAUGCAAAUUGUAUAUGGCAUGGUUCAUUUGUGUUGGAAAUAUUCUUGCUUGUGGCAUUAUUGUUUUCAUGUAUGGAGUGGCAUUUGGAAAUCAAAAAUCAUUGAAUUGGUUAGCAUGUGUCACUAUUGAUUUUGUUAAAAGUAUACUUUUAUUGGAUCCAUUAAAAAUUUUUGUAGUGGUUGUUGUUAUGGUUCUCGUUGUCAAAAAGAUUGAUGAUGAAACUGAAAAUAUUGAAGUUGAAAAGCAAGGUAAACGAUUGGCUUUUGAUGAAAAUUGGCUCCACAAGCCUAAAGAUAAAUUUAGAAUGGGUAGUGAUUGUGUAACAAUACAGCCUCUUGAUUAUUCUACAGUAAAAAAGAUGAGUGAGCAAAGACAAAAGCACCAGAAGAUACACGCUAUAAUUACAGAACUUUUUUUGUACAUUUUCUAUGCAUGCUUAGUGUUCUUUAUUGGUUAUUUUUCACAUAGUAGUCUCACUUUCUAUCAAACUCGCAAUGUUCAAGAACUUUUCAAUUUGAAACUAAGAUUGCCUGCAAAUCCAAACAUCCCAUUAUUUAAUCAGAUUCAAUCCUCACAAGAUUUUUGGCAUUGGAUGGAAGAAUUUUUUCUACCACAAGUUUUUCCUGAACCUUGGUAUAACUUAAAUGAUUUUUAUGCAAAUGCAGACAUAAAAAGUUUCCCUGGAAAACUUUUUUUAAAUGAUCUUAACUCGAAAAUUGUGAAUGGAAUACGAAUUAGACAAGUUCGUGUGAAGUCAAACUCUUGCACAAAAGCCAACUCAAUUGUCAAGUUCAUUGCUAUAAAUUGUUUGUCUCCAUAUAAAACUACAUUAGAGGAAACAAAAGGUUUUGAUUUGAAUUGGACUCUUCCAAAACAAUAUAACUCUACAAUUAAUACUUUGACAAUGCCUUGGAGGUAUCAAACCUGGCAAGAGCUUGAUGGGUAUCCAUAUAUAGCUAGUUUAAACACUUACUAUGGCGGUGGUUAUGUCAUAGAAUUAUUUUCCAAGUGGAAAAAUCAAGUUAUACUUGAUCAAGCAAAAAAACACAGAUGGAUUGAUAGACAAACACGAGCUGUAAUAAUUGAGUUUGCUUUAUUUAAUGCCGCUACUAAUUAUUUCAACACAGUUACAAUGGCUUUAGAGUUUCCAGCUUCUGGUGGAGUUGUUCCUACUUUUUCUGUUAUAACAUUCAAUUUAUAUGCAUCAGUGACUGAAUCAAAGGCUAUGUUGGGUUUCCAAAUUCUAUUUAUCUUGAUGACUAUAUUAUUUAUUAUUCGAGAAUCUCGUUUUUUAUAUCGAGCUGGUUGUAAAUAUUUUGUAGAAUUUUGGAAUUUAGUGGAAGUUGCAUUGAUAAUACUUUCUAUUACUGCUGUAGGACUUUUCUUUUAUAAAGAUUAUCUAGCCAAAGUUUUAUUGCAACGGCUUCCAGAUAAAAAACCACAGGUGUUUAUCAAUUUCCAGUUUGCAUCUUACUGUGAUAUGUUGUAUGUGUGCAUUGUUUCACUAAUCGUUUUCUUUGUGACUUUAAAGUUCAUUAAACUUUUGCAGUUCAAUCAUCAUGUUUCAAUGAUAUCUUAUACUUUAAAAGCUGCAUGGUAUCCUUUAUCAAUGUUUGGAAUUGUCUUUUUUAUCAUUUUGUGUUCAUUUGUUACUUUUUCUAAUAUUGCCUUUGGUGCAUUAAUGGGUGAGUACAAAACUUACAACGAAGCAAUAGUUUCGACAGUUUCAUUAUUAUUGGGAAAGUUUAGUUUUAGUCAAUAUGAACGUGCUAACCUUGUUCUUGGCCCAGUUUUUUUUUUCGGUUUCAAUGUUACAGUAAUUUGGAUCAUAAUGAACGUGUUUAUAUCUAUUUUAAAUGAUGCUUUUAGCAUGGUUCGUGCAAAUAAUGAGUUCCAGAAUAAUGAUUAUGAGAUAGUUGAUUUUAUGUUAAAACGCAUUAAAGGUUGGUUUAAACUUAAACAAAGAAUACCACAGACCCAGACACAAGUACAGUCAGAAAGGAAAUUAUCCUCAAAUAGUAAAAUUAUACAAGUUGCAGAAUAUGUUGAUAAACGUUUAAAAAAAAACGAUUCCAUCAGAAAAGUGGAAUAUAAAAAACUAUAUGCUGUUGAAUUAACUAACGUUUCAUUCGAAAAUUUAUUCUCGAAAUUCGAUUACUUAUUGAACGAGAGUAAACUUGAUAUUGAAAUAAGUGAAACAAUCGAUCAAAUAUUCGAUGAAGAUUUAUUUAAAAAGUUUAUUGAUAGUAUGAAUGUUGUCAAUCAUAAUAAUAAAAAAAAGGUCAAAGUUACAAAAAUGAAUGAAGUUAUUAUGAUGGACACAGAGGAAGAGAUAUUUUAAUAUAUUUGUUUUUACUUUUUUUAUGUUUUUUUAUUUUUAUUAUUAUUAUUAAAUUGAAAAAUUAAAAUCAUUUGAUAUUUUAAAUAAAGUGCAUUUAAAAAGUAACUUUACAUUUGCGUUGUUUACUUUAUUACACCUUUUAUUAUACUGGUUUCUUGAGUUUUAACAUUUUCAUCUCUAAAAUACACGUUUUAUAUGCAAAAUUAAUAUAAUGAUAUUUGUAAUACAAUUUAUUUUAUUGUAGCUGUUACUUUUAAUUUAUGUUUGAUAUUAAUGUAACACUUUAUGACAAAACCAGGGAGCUUGUUAUUUAA